AUGAAAGAAGCGAAGCUACAUGGAUUUUGGGGAAGCCCAUUUAGCCACAGAGUGAUAUGGGCACUGAAACUGAAAGGUGUUGAAUACGAGUACAUAGAAGAAAACUUUCCAAACAAGAGUGAAUUGCUCUUUGUUUACAAGAAAAUCCCAGUCUUUGUUCAUGGUGGAAAACCAAUCGCCGAGUCACUUGUCAUCCUUGAAUAUAUUGAAGAAAUAUGGCCUCAGAAUCCAUUGCUGCCAACUGAUGCUUAUGAGAAAGCCAUAGCUCGCUUUUGGGUUAAAUAUGGUGUCGAAAAGGCUUCUACUUUCCACUCACUUUUCCAAACUACUGGAGAAGAGCAAGACAAGGCAGGAAAAGAGUUCUUGGAAGUGCUAAAAGUCUUGGAAGAACAAGGCCUUGGAGAUAAGAUGUUCUUUGGUGGGGAUGCUAUCAAUCUUGUAGACAUUGCGCAUGGCUGGCUGCCUCAUUGGUUUGAGACCAUUCAAGAAGUUAUUGGUAUAAAAUUGCUGGAACCAACCACUCUCCCUCGGUUAUAUGCAUGGUUUAACAACUUCAAGGAAGUUACUGUCAUCAAAGAAAAUGUUCCUGACCCUCAGAAACUGUUGGUUUAUAUUAAAAAUUCAAGAGAGAAACUUGAUGCAAACCAAUUAAAUAACAAUUAGCAAAUAGGUGUUCUAAGGCAAUAUAUGGAUGAGCUAGAGAUUAGCUGGAAGUCAAUAAGGAUUGUUUCUUUAGUAUGAACUGUUCUUUACGGGACUAGUUAGAGUAGCUUCUAUUUCCCUUCUUUUAGCUAUU